UACCACAACAAGAACAUCAUGUGUCAUGAUUAGUAUGCGGAUGCAUGAACUACGACGGCAGGUUCUCCGCCAAAUAUUUAGUGACAUCAUGGCGCAGCAUAGUUCCCGCAAAUCUCAGAGCUAACAACUUCGAACACAUCUGAUAUAUUGCGAACAAAUCCCACUAUUAACCUCACAUCUCAUCCUACUACAGACGAUACCAAUUCCUAACAGACCAAUUCCCAAUACAAAAACCCAUCAUGUCUUCUUCCGGUAUCCUCGGCACCUACAAUCCUUCGAUCCUAGCCAUCCCGGCCUACUACAUCAUCUCCCUACUCCCCCACACAUACGCCGUCAAUGUAGCCUCAGAAGGCAAGCUUUCUACAUGGGACAACCGCAACCCACGGUCCACCGACUUGAAAGCAAAGCUUAAGGCGAGUCUUCCCGCCGAGACAUACGCCAGAUACGAGCGUCUCGAGUCCUGCCACGCGAACGGCUUCGAGAACAUGCCGAUCUUCGCUUCGGCCGUAAUUCUGGGUAACAUGGCCGGUCUGAGGAACGAAGUGCUCACUAAAUUCGUGGCGUCCUUUUUGGCGGUUCGUCUUGCGUACACGGCGACCUAUGUCACUCAUACGACGCAAGGACCGACAUGGAUCCGCAGUGGUCUGUACUUUGCUGGUCUUGCGCUUUGCUUCCAGACGAUCAUCAGCUCUGCAAAGGUUCUUGGUGUCGCUAGGCUCUAGGGCGAGAACUUGAAAUCGAAGGAAUUUUGAGGUUGAUUACGAGGGAGUUCGAAUUGUGGUAUGCAAAGGUUGAAUACAUUCGCGUGACGAAAUAGGAGGGUGUGGGUGAACGGAUGGAGACAGUGUCAUCUUGAGCUACACUGUAGUUUGACUAAGGACGUAUUCUAAACAACAUCUUCGUUGUAUUGUCAGCUUGGUGUAACUGUUUCGUCACAUCUAAACAAUUGGUUCUUGUCAUGCUAUCGACCG